AUGGCUGACGCCGGCUACACCAAUGGCCCGGGCAACACGCCCUUGGCUGAGGUCAAGAAGCCCAAGAAGAAGAAGGUCCUGCUCAUGGGAAAGAGUGGCUCAGGAAAGUCGAGCAUGCGAAGCAUCAUCUUUAGCAACUACAUUGCCCGUGAUACCCGGAGACUCGGCGCAACAAUAGACAUCGACCUCUCCCACGUCAAAUUCCUCGGAAACCUCACACUCAACCUCUGGGACUGCGGCGGCCAAGAGGCCUUUAUGGAAAACUACCUUUCCCAGCAGCGCGUCCACGUCUUCUCCAACGUCGGCGUUCUCAUCUACGUCUUCGACAUUGAGUCCCGCGACAUUGACCGCGACCUCGCAACCUACGUCUCCAUUAUCUCCGCCCUCCUCCAGUUCUCCCCAGGCGCCAAAAUCUACGUCCUCAUCCACAAGAUGGACCUCGUCGUCCCCGCCCACCGCGAAUCCGUCUACGACGACCGCGUCCGCGUCGUUCGCCAGCGCACCGCAGAGUACGCAAACAGCAUCGGCUACCUCAACCAGCAGCACCCAGACGCCGCGGACGACCCCACCAGCCCAUCGACCGCGCCCCCCGCUGGCGGCUUCGACAUCACCCCCUUCGCCACCAGCAUCUGGGACCAGAGCCUCUACAAGGCCUGGGCAAGCAUCAUCCACGACCUCGUCCCCAACCUGGCCACAAUCGAACGCAACCUCGCCAACCUCGGCGUCGCCAUCGAGGCAGAGGAGCUUCUCCUCUUCGAGCGCACCUCUUUCCUCGCCGUCUCCUCCUGGACCUCGGAGGAGGGCCAGCGCAAUCCCACCGAGGACAGACUGGAGCGCAUGUCCAACAUCAUGAAGCACUUCAAGCAGACUAUCAGCCGCUUCACCGGUACCCCGCGCAACGCAGAGCAGUUUGUGCGGAUGGAGCACAAGGCCGGCACCCGGUUCAAUCUCUUCAUCCUCAAGUUCACGACGAAUACCUACCUCAUGGUCAUUCUUCCACCCGGCGAGGCUAGGUUCAACGCCGCCAUGCUCAACUGCCAGAUCGCGAUUGAGCAUUUCAAAUUCCUAGACGGCCCAGCCACCAUGAUCUCGCAAGGUGGUGGCAGCACAGCAUGA